CUCCCUUCUCUAUAGGCAGCAGCCCCUUCAAUGUCUAUACUGUCCACUUUUUGUCCUUUGACAAUCACAAAUUUCAACUCAGGUUCGUAGCCUAAGUGUAGUUUAGGGAUGAAUUCGGGUUAUUUUAGAGACAGAGAGAGAAGAGAGGGUAAAGAGAGAAAGAGAAAGUCGUAGAAGCCUAGAGAAAAGAGAAGCCAGAGUGAAUCUGGAGAAAGGAGGUUGGAAUGGCGAGUGAGGAUGAUGCAGUGAAGAAGGCAAUGAUAGUUGAUGCUCGGGCUAGAAACAUUAGUCACAAUGUGAGGUGCACGGAGUGUGGGAGUCAGUCCAUUGAGGAUUCUCAAGCAGACAUUGCCAUUUUGCUCAGGAAGUUAAUUCGUGAUGAAAUUGGGGCUGGAAAGAGUGACAAGGAAAUCUACAAAAAGCUUGAGGACGAAUUUGGAGAGACUGUACUCUAUACGCCCAAGUUUGAUAUGCAGACAGCAGCUUUGUGGUUAUCACCUGUCCUAAUUGCUGCUGCAGCUGCAGGAGGAUGGGCUUACAAGAAGCAUAAACAAAAGACUAAUGUCCAUAUCAUGGCUCUGGACCUUGUUAGAGGUGUUUCAUUGACCCCGAAAGAGAAGGAGACAAUGCUUGAUAUCCUUACGCCACCUCCUUCACAGGGAGCUAGAACACCCUUCUGGUGGAGGAGAUGAUAAGGUCAAUGAUCACGUUGACCAUCUACUAUUAUGACUUGAAGAAAACCUUUGAUGUGGUACAUGUUUGUGAUUAUAAGUAAGUUUCACUUUGAUGUUAAUCCACAAAUUUGUCACAAUGAUCUAUUUCUAAGUUUAUAAUAGGGUGUCCUUUCAAAAGAUUUUCUCCACCCCGUUUAAUAAAGUUCUGUUGGUCAUGGCCA